AUGGAGCUGUACGAGACAUCCCCUUACUUCUACCCGGAGCCCCGCUUCUACGACGGGGAAAACUACCUGCCCGUCCACCUCCAGGGCUUCGAGCCUCCAGGCUAUGAGCGGACAGAGCUCGGCCUGGGUACCGAGGUCCGCGGGCCCCUCGAGGACAAGGGGCUGGGGACCCCGGAGCACUGCCCGGGCCAGUGCCUGCCGUGGGCGUGUAAGGUGUGUAAGCGCAAGUCGGUGUCGGUGGACCGGCGGCGGGCAGCCACGCUGCGGGAGAAGCGCCGGCUGAAGAAGGUGAAUGAGGCCUUCGAGGCUCUGAAGAGAAGCACCCUGCUCAACCCCAACCAGCGGCUGCCCAAGGUGGAGAUCCUGCGCAGCGCCAUCCAGUACAUCGAGCGCCUGCAGGCCCUGCUCAGCUCCCUCAACCACGAGGAGCGCGACCUCCGCUACCGGGGCGGGCCCCAGCCCGGGGUGCCCAGUGAAUGCAGCUCCCACAGCGCCUCCUGCAGUCCAGAAUGGGGCAGCGCACUGGAGUUCGGCCCUAACUCAGCGGAGCAUCUGCUCACAGCGGAUCCUGUGGACGCGCACAACCUGCACUCUCUCACCUCCAUUGUGGACAGCAUCACAGUGGGGGACGUCUCUGUGGCCUUCCCAGAUGAAACCUUGCCCAACUGA